UCUAAACCUCUUCCUUGUCUCUCCCUCCCAAAAUCCAACUCUAAAGUCUUCUCAAAUGCCUGCCACACUUCAUCUCUGAGCUCAAAAUUCAAACUCAAGAAGCUAAAGAAGCAGUUCCUGUAACCAUCAGCCAUGUCUUUAGCUCCAAGUAGCUAUGCUUCGCUUUACUCUUCACCGCCUUUGCCUAGAGCCACCAUUCAAGCUUCCAAACAAAACCCUUUGCAAGUCUCACAAACUAAACAUUUUUUUUCCAAGAAAAACUUGUUUUUGAGCUCCUCGAGCUGUUCUUGCAAUACCUUUUUGGUGAAACCUUCUGUUUUGGUGGUUAAAGCUUCAGAAACUGAGGCACAGACAUCAAAGACUGAGAGUGAAGGUGAAAAGAAGGAAGAAGAGUAUGAAGAAUAUGAGGUGGAGAUUGAACAGCCUUAUGGACUCAGGUUCGCUAAGGGAAGAGAUGGUGGCACUUACAUUGAUGCUAUUGCUCCUGGUGGCUCAGCUGACAAGACUGGCAAAUUCACUGUUGGAGAUAAAGUCCUUGCCACCAGUGCUGUGUUUGGGACAGAAAUAUGGCCUGCUGCCGAAUAUGGGAGAACAAUGUACACCAUCCGCCAGCGAAUUGGCCCGUUACUCAUGAAAAUGCAAAAGAGAUAUGGGAAGUUGGAGGAAACAGGUGAAUUGACAGAAAAGGAGAUUAUAAGAGCUGAGAGGAACUCUGGUGUAAUUAGUAACAGAGUGAGAGAAAUCCAAAUGCAAAAUUACUUGAGAAAAAAGGAGCAGAAAGAACAAAGAGAAAGGGACCUCCGUGAAGGGCUGCAACUUUACAAGGCUGGGAAAUCUGAGGAAGCUUUGGUGAAAUUUGAGUCUGUAUUGGGAUCAAAACCAAGUGCAACCGAAGCUGCAGUAGCAUGUUACAAUGUGGCAUGUUGUUAUUCUAAGCUUAAUCAGGUAAAAGCUGGGCUCUCGGCUCUUGAAGAUGCCAUGGAAGCAGGAUAUGAAGACUUCAAGAGAAUCCGGACAGAUCCUGACCUUGCCAAUCUCAGAACUUCUGAGGAAUUUGAUACUCUUUUGAAGAAGUAUGAUGAAUCUUUUAUCAAUGAGAAUGCCAUCAAUGCCAUCAAGUCGUUAUUUGGUUUCGGCAAAAAUUAAAGCCAUGAAUUUGCCAUAAAAUUGGUGAUUGUUCAUGAGCAACAGAAGAUAAAAGGGCUCGCUGAGCCAUAAACUGCCUGAAAUAUCUAGAAUAGCUUGUACGAUUUUGUUCAUAGCAUUAUUUCAAGAUGAUACAAAGAUGUUUAUAUGAUUUUCAAACAGCGGUUUCUUGUUUCUUUCGCUUUCCUGACAAGAAGAUUGAAGAGAAUCGAUCAACCAAGAUCAUUUCACAAAAUCUUUAA